AUGACGGGCUCCGAUCUCGUCGACCAUUCUCCCCGCCAUCCCACCAAAGCCGCGCAGUUGGCCAGCGCCUCGAAUGUUAUUCUCAUCGAUAACUACGACUCUUUCACCUGGAAUGUGUAUCAAUAUCUCGUCCUAGAGGGAGCCACUGUUACGGUUUUUCGCAAUGACCAAAUAACUCUGGAAGAAUUGAUCUCGAAGAAUCCGACUCAGCUGGUCAUUAGCCCUGGGCCCGGUCAUCCCGAGACGGAUGCUGGAAUCAGCAAUGCUGCGAUCCAGCAUUUCGGCGGCAAGAUUCCUGUGUUCGGUGUAUGCAUGGGGCAGCAGUGCAUGAUUACAUCCUUUGGUGGGAAGGUCGAUGUCACUGGUGAAAUCUUGCACGGCAAGACAUCAGUUCUGAAGCAUGAUGGCAGGGGUGUCUAUGAAGGCCUUCCCUCCUCGCUUGAGGUGACAAGAUAUCACUCGCUGGCAGGAACCCAUGCAACUGUUCCAGACUGCCUGGAGGUGACAUCUUCUGUCCAGUUGAACGAUGGUAGCGGCAAAGAUAUCAUCAUGGGUGUAAGGCACAAACAGUUUGCAGUGGAAGGGGUCCAGUUUCACCCGGAGAGCAUCCUCACAGAGUAUGGUCGUACCAUGUUCAGGAACUUCUUGAAGCUUACUGCGGGAACUUGGGAAGGAAAUGGCAAAACACCCUCUGCUCCGGCCAAAGUGAACGGCACCUCCACCGGAGUCGAUAAGAAGAUCUCUAUUCUAGAAAAGAUCUACGAUCAUCGCAGAGCAGCUGUAGCUGCUCAACGGCUGAUUCCAUCGCAACGGUUUGAAGACCUUCAGGCUGCAUACAACCUCAGCAUUGCUCCACCGCAAAUAUCGUUCCCUGCUCGUCUCAGACAGUCACCCUAUCCGCUAUCGUUGAUGGCAGAGAUCAAACGUGCCUCUCCAUCCAAGGGCAUGAUUGCCGAGACGGCUUGUGCUCCUGCCCAAGCCAGGCAAUAUGCUAAGGCAGGAGCUAGCGUUAUUUCUGUCCUCACCGAGCCUGAAUGGUUCAAAGGUAGCAUCGAUGACCUGCGAGCUGUCCGCCAAAGCCUGGAAGGGUUGACUCACAGGCCUGCUGUUCUCCGGAAAGAGUUCAUAUUUGACGAAUAUCAAAUACUGGAGGCCCGUUUGGCUGGUGCAGAUACCGUACUACUGAUCGUGAAGAUGCUUAGCGUCGAGCUUCUCAUUAGACUCUACAAAUAUUCUCGUAGUCUUGGGAUGGAGCCUCUUGUUGAAGUGAACACCCCUGAGGAGAUGAAGAUUGCUGUUGACCUGGGUGCUGAGGUGAUUGGUGUCAACAACAGGGAUCUCACAAGCUUCGAGGUCGAUCUCGCCACCACCAGCCGAUUGAUGGACCAGGUGCCCGACAGUACCAUUGUUUGUGCUCUAAGUGGUAUUUCAGGGCCAAAGGAUGUCGAAGCUUACAAAAAGGAUGGCGUCAAGGCAAUUCUUGUCGGGGAGGCACUGAUGCGGGCUUCGGAUACAUCUGCUUUUGUCGCCGAACUCCUUGGCGGAAGAACAGAAGGCAAUUCCAAAACGGCACAAAUCCCACGCUUGGUCAAGAUUUGUGGAACUCGCUCCGAGGAGGGAGCGCGAGCGGCAGUGGAAGCUGGUGCAGAUUUGGUCGGCGUCAUCCUCGUCGAAGGUCGUAAACGUUGUGUUUCUGACCAGGUCGCUCUGCGCAUUGCUCAAGUAGUGAAGUCGACGCAGCGUCCUGACAGCCUGCCUGCCUCUGCGUCACAAGAAACAUCGAGUUCUACUUCCUCCGACUUCUUCGAUUGGUCCACCAAGAUUCUCCGCCAUCCCACUCGAGCCUUGCUUGUGGGUGUGUUCCAAAAUCAACCACUAGCAUACGUACUAGAAAAGCAGCGAAUUCUAGGUCUGGAUGUCGUACAGUUGCACGGCGAAGAACCCAUUGAGUGGGCCAAUCUCAUUCCAGUGCCUGUUAUUCGCAAGUUCUCUUUGGGCGAACCUGGUAUCGCGCGCAGAGCGUAUCACAACCUUCCGUUACUGGAUUCUGGGGCAGGUGGCUCUGGUGAACUUCUUGAUCAAUCCCGCGUGCAGAAAGUUCUUGACAGCGAUGCUGGUUUGCGAGUCAUUCUUGCUGGUGGCUUGGACCCUACCAACGUUUUCGACAUCGUCCGGAAGUUGGGUGAGUCUGGGCGCAAGGUUGUCGGCAUAGAUGUCAGCUCUGGUGUGGAGUCUGAUGGCUCACAAGAUCCUGCCAAAAUCCGUGCUUUUGUGCAAGCCGUGAAAUCCAUCUAA